AUGAGGGGGAGCUCGGGGGUGAAGCGGGUGGGCAAGUACGAGCUGGGGCGGACGCUGGGCGAGGGCAACUUCGCCAAGGUGAAGUUAGGACAGGACGUGGAGAGCGGGCGGCGCGUGGCGAUCAAGGUCAUGGACAAGGACCGGAUUCUCCAGCACAGAAUGGCGGACCAGAUAAAGCGCGAGGUCUCGAUAAUGAAGAUGGUUCGUCAUCCCAACAUCGUCCAGCUUAUCGAGGUGCUGGCGUCGCGCAACAAGAUCUUCAUGGUGCUCGAGUUCGCCGCGGGCGGCGAGCUCUUCGACCGCAUCGUGUACCGCGGGCGUUUGGCGGAGAGCGAGGCGCGGCGGUACUUCCAGCAGCUGGUGGACGCCGUCGACUGCUGCCACGCCAAGGGCGUCUGCCACCGCGACCUCAAGUUCCGCCAUUCUCUGCGCCGACUUCAACACUUGCGCGUCUUACCUCGCAUUCUCCUGCUCGCUCUCAUCUCAUCCCACUCUGUGCGUGGCGUGGCAUGCUGUGACGUGGCAUGGCAUCAGCCGGAGAACCUGCUGGUGGACGAGCGCGGCAAUCUCAAGGUCUCUGACUUCGGUUUGAGCGCCCUGCCGCAGCAGCAGCACCGCGACGGGCUGCUGCACACCACAUGUGGCACGCCCAACUACGUCGCUCCUGAGGUGCUGCACAACAAGGGGUACGACGGGCGCAAGGCGGACGUGUGGUCGUGCGGCGUGAUCCUCUUCGUGCUGCUGGCGGGCUAUGUGCCCUUUGAUGAGCCCGACCUCGUGCUGCUCUAUGACAAGGUGUGCUGCUCUAUGAUUCGCGCCGCCACGCUUCGAUUCGAGCCUCUGCUCUCACGCUUACUGCACGCCCCUUGUCCCGUGGGAAGGGACGCCAGCCUAGUCCUGCAUGCACAGCAGCCUUGUCUCUCUCACCAACAAGGCUCUCCUCUCUCCCUUCCCUCCCUCCCUCCCUCUCCGCUGCUUUCUCACUGCCUAUUCUUCCGCCCUCUCCACCAGAUAUCCCGUGCGCACUUCAAGUUCCCCGAGUGGUUCUCGCCCGGGGUGAAGCGCCUCAUCACGCGCAUCCUCAACCCCGACCCCGCCACCGUAUGUAUGCCAUGCCGCCUGCCACCGUGUGUAUGCCGCCCGCCACCGUAUGUAUGCCGCCUGCCACCGUGUGUAUGCCGCCUGCCACCGUAUGUAUGCCGCCCGCCCUCCUUCACCCCGCCACCGUAUGUAUGGUGCCCGCCCUCCCCACCCCCCCACUCCUGCUCUUCCUGCGUUUCCCCCUGUUCCCUCGCCCCAGACCCCAUCCGUGUGUGCUACCUGCAUGCCAUGUGCCAUCUCACCGCCACUCCUUCCCCCGCACGCCCUCAUGCUCCCACCAACCCUUCUUCUCUUCCCCAUUCUCCUCUGCCUUCCCCCCCGCUUUUCUUUCUCCACCCUCUCUUUCCCGCCCCCCGCUCGCUCCUGCCGUGUCCAUGUGGCAUGGCAGCGGCCAGGGCUGGAGGCGAUACGGCGGGACGAGUGGUUUCAGCGCGACUACCACCGCGCAUACCCGCUGCCUAA